ACUCGUGUAUAGUACAAAACUACCAAACAGUCUUUAUGUGACCGAGUUCGCGUCAGCACGUGUUUUACUCGCAUUUUCUUUGACCAUUUCGCGCCGUUGCGUCGUAUUUAUAUUCGUAAUUUUAGGAACUAUUGUAAUUAUUUUGGGUUUUUUUGACAAAAAGUGCCAUUCAAAUAUACCUAGCAGAGUUUACCUUAUUGAGUGAAUUAUUGUUGUGCUUUUUAUCCUGUUAACUGUUUGAAGAAUAUAAGAGAACUAUUAAAGGAAUAACUAAGUAUGUCGUCCGAGAAGAUGGAAAAUGGGGAUGGAGUUAAAAAUAACACAGCGAGCCUGUGUGGAAGCAAUGUGAAAUUAAGACGAGAGCUCGGCCUGUUUUCAGCUAUAAACCUUAUAUUAGGAGUCAUGAUAGGUUCUGGAAUAUUCGUGUCGCCAGCAACGGCCUUGAAACAUUCUGGAUCUGUGGCACUGUGCCUGAUCGUAUGGAUUGUGUCUGGAAUCAUAUCCUUAUUAGGGGCGUUAUCAUUCGCUGAACUGGGAACAGUUGUUGGUAAAUCCGGCGCUGAAUAUGCCUACUUUCAAGCAGCCUUUGGAAAAAUGCACAAAUUUUGGGGUCCGCUACCCUCCUUCAUAUGUGCCUGGAUUUAUGUUGUCAUAUUGAGACCAGCAGAAGUAGCCAUUAUUGUCCUGACUUUCGCAAAGUAUGCAAUACAGCCCUUUACAAUUCAUUUGCAAGAAGAUUAUAAGUCAAUGGCAAUAAUACUAGGCUCUCUAUCAGCACUAUGUAAUGUUCCAACUAAAGAGGGGCUAUCUCAUCAAAUAAAACACUUGCGCGAGCGAUGUAUCGACAAUUGCAAUAUCAUUGAGAAUUCGCUUCCUGGGCAGUACAUAUCGCCUGACAAUGUUGGUCAAUCAGCUCUGUCUUACGUAGAAGGCUUACGAACACAGAUUCAGAGCUCGGAAACAGUUAUACCUACCGAUGAAAACCUCAUAAUCAGUCGGUUCGUUGCGGAAUUGAAAGUAAGAAACGAAGACGUCGAGAAACUAACUGCAUUCACCCGAGCAGCAAUUCUGGACGCUGAAAAUGAAAUACUAAGAUUAGAAUCCCUUACUGCAGUGGCAGAAGAAGCUCUGAAUAAACCCAGAGUGGACACUACAGAAGUGCAUCCAGAACAAGUUCAGAGAGCCAGAGAACACUUCCGCAUCUUAAAGUCUGAGUUGCACGGAUUAAUACGUUCCAUAUUCAAAGAUGAUAGCGACUUAGUGUCUGAUAUUACUGGGCAAUUAAUGAAAGAGAAGCUGAAUGAAGAGUCAAAUGGAUACAUACAAGUAACAGAGGAUAAUAAGCUCAUCAUAGAAAUGCUGAAAGACAUCAAUAUUUCAGUUCUAAUGACAUACAUAAACAUAACCAGCGUGAAGUUGUUCGUGAAGGUGCAGAACUUAUUCGGGGUGUGCAAAGUGUUAGCAUGCCUCAUCGUCAUCGGUGGAGGCUUAUAUGAGAUCCAAGCAGGCAACACUGAGAACCUAAAUAAAGGCUUCGAGAACAGUACGACGAGCCUCGGCGGGAUUGCGCAGGCGCUGUUCUCCGGACUGUGGGCUUACGAUGGCUGGAACAGCGUCACCGUGGUCACAGAGGAGAUCAUCAACCCUGGCACCAACGUCCCACUGAGUAUAGCGGUAGCGGUGCCGCUAAUAACAGGUCUGUACGUGUUCAUGAACGUGGCGUACAUGACGGUGCUGACGUCAGCCGAGAUGGUAUCCGUGCCGGCCGUGGCGGUGACCUUCGGGGAGAGGGUUUUGGGCCCGGCCAGCUUUCUCAUACCGCUGAUGGUGGCCAUCGCCACGUUCGGCUGCGCUAUGAGCGUGCAGUUCGGUGUUACCAGGGUGUGCUACUCGGCAGCACGCGGCGGUCACAUGGUGGAGGUGUUCUCGUACGUGAACAUGAAGCACAUGACGCCCGCGCCCGCCGUCGCUUUCCAGGCAAUACUCACAUCGAUAUUCAUAGUAGUCGGCAGAAUUGAUACCUUAAUAGACUUCGCGAGCUGGCUGCUAUGGUUUUUCUAUGGCCUAGCAAUGGUAGCCUUGCUUGUAUUAAGGAAAACCCAAAAGGAUACCCCGAGGCCGUACAGAGUUCCCACGGUCGUGCCGUACUGCGUAUUACUGAUAUCGAUGUUUCUAACUGUAUUCUCAGUAAUAGACGAUCCAUCGAUGAAGUAUGUAACAGCCAUUCUGUUAAUAUUAAUCGGAGUCGGCGUGUACACUAUCUUCGUGUAUCACAGAAAAACUCCUACUACAUUGUUAAGAAAAUUCACAUUCCUGACGCAAAUGCUUUUCCAGUGUGUACCUCCUAACACUCGUGACGACUGAUCUUAAUAUUAAAUAAUAUAAUUUGUACAUAAGAACUAGUGUUUAAGAAAUAUAAUUUGCAAUGCAGAAAGAAAUUGUUGUAAUAAUU